CUUAAACCCAUUUAGUUUUGCAGAGAAAGGCAUGGCGGAAGAAGUACAGGUUUUUGGUUACCGGUCAGGCUCCUUUAGCCGGAGAAUCGAGUUGGCUCUCAAACUCAAAGGCGUGGAUUAUGAACACAUUGAAGAAGAUUUGUUGAACAACAACAAGAGCGAUUUGCUUCUUAAAUACAACCCAAUCUACAAGAAGGUGCCUGUUCUUGUCCACAAUGGCAAACCCAUUUCAGAGUCCGUGGUCAUUCUUGAAUACAUCGAAGAGACCUGGAAACACAAUCCCAUCUUCCCCGAACAUCCCUAUGAUCGAGCUCAAGCUAGGUUUUGGGCCAAGUACAUCGAUGACCUGGUGGUGCCCGCAAUGCAGAAAGCUUCUCUAAGCAAAGAAGAGGAGAGAGAGAAGGCUAUAGAAGAAUUGCAUAACAAGUUUGAACCACUUGAAAAUGAGCUUAAAAACAAGAAGUUCUUCGGAGGAGACGAAAUGGGGGUUGUGGAUAUUGUAGGGUUCGUGUUUGCUGGGUGGAUUCCUGCCAUUGAAGAAGCGGUAGGAUUUAAGCUCUUGAACCACAAGUUUCCAAAUCUAAGAAAAUGGAUCGAAGAGUACGCGAACCACACUGUGGCUAAGCAGAUUCUACCUGAAAAGGAUGCGCUUGUUAUCUUUAUAAAAAAUGUUUCGCUUAAGCGAAAAUAUUAAAAUCAAAUGCCAUAACGUUUGGAUUUACCAACGGCUAAAUGUAACUUUGUCGAGUGUGUUUUUUUAAAUAAAGUAUUUUAUUAUAUUUAAAUAAAAAAAUAAAAGUUCUUAUGAAUA